GUGGAGAGACUUUGUCGGUUGUUCACUGGACGUAUAAACAGGAAUCUUGCUCGAGAGCUCAUUGAGGAGCAUGGAGGACUGCAAGAGGCUGCUUGUUUCUUGAUGCUAACACACAACAAGUAUCUGCACACAACAAAUACCGAGUAUGUCCGUGACCUCCAGAAAGAUGCGGCAAAGUUUCAGGAGACACUAGAAAGUCCAGCAGAAGACAUGCAGUUCGCCUGUGAAACCUGCAAUAAGAUGUGGUGGAAAAGAGUCCCCAAAAGGAAGCAGGUAUCAAAGUGUUACCGGUGUCACAUCAAGUAUGAGCCCAUUCCACCGGAGCAUCAGUGGGGCAUAGGCGAAUUUCAGUGUUCACAGCAACAUACGUUUAAGGGAUUUGGAAUUAUGGGAAGGACAAAGAGCAAAUGUUACACAUGUGACCAGCAAGCUGAAUUGAUGUUCAUCAUUCCACCAAGAAAAAGAGAGCGAGACACACAAAGACCGCGGCGACACCGUCACAACUGCAAUGGAAUCAACUGCUACAACCCUAAUGGAGACUAUCAGCUCGGAAGCAACGGCAAACCUCCACUGUGUAUUCAUCCACUUUCACAUUCCACUGAGAAGCCAGUCAGAAUCCACUGGGCCAGCAAAAUCCACAUCAGCACAGGUUCUACGUUUGUGACCAUACUCGACCAGGGUAGUCUGGACACACGUGCACGUUCACCAGCGAAUUCAUUGGAAACAAUAUCAGAGGGAAGUUGGGAGGAAGACGACAAUGUGUAA